GAUGUCUCACCUUGCAGUUGCACCCCACGACAGUGAUUCAUUCUACCAGCGGUCAACAUUUCCAUUCUUGCGUACAAACCUCGUCUGCUUUUGUAGGCACUUACAAUUGAAUUAUACUUCCUCUCAAUUGGGUCAGCUGAGAAAUAGCCCACAAUAUAUACUUAAUGACACAAUCUUAAUAGACAUCUGAGAUGGAUGCAAGGCUAAUUUCUUCUCUGAUAUGGUUGCUUCUAUCGUUCCAGGCAACAAGCUUACAACUAAUUAAACAUGCGACGCAAGAUUCGUCCGGCCCAGGGUCGUUACAUCAUGAUCUCAAGAUAGAUAGCCAGCAGCCUCUCAGCAUUCAAUCUGAGAGUCCUCCUUAUCGUUCCCGGCUUGUCGAUUUGCAUCGCUCUCUUGUGGAGAUAUCAUCCACAACAGGACACGAGGCCGAAGUAGGGACUUUCCUCUCCCACUACCUGGAAAGUCACGGGUUCGAUGUAAAGCAGCAAAGUCUCCCCAUGCGGGAGGACGCCCAGGCCUCCAAUUACAAGCCCAAGCGCUUCAACAUCAUCGCUCGUCCGUCUGCAGCUCACAGUAGCACAGCCUGGAACCCUCGCCUGCUCAUCACUUCGCAUAUUGAUGUGGUGCCACCUUACAUCCCUUACUCCAUUGACGCUGACCCAUCAGACGCUACGGACGAGACGAUAAUCCGCGGGCGCGGCAGUGCGGAUGCCAAGGGCAGUGUGGCAUCACAGAUCAUCGCCGUGGAGGAACUUGUCCACAGAAAGCUCAUCCACCCCGAGGACGUGAUGCUUUUGUACGUCGUGGGCGAGGAGGUGGAUGGCGCAGGGAUGAAGCGUUUCUCCGACUCGCUGGAGGACCCAAGCAAGCAAUUUCAUGGAUUCGAGUCGGUCAUCUUUGGAGAACCCACAGAAAACAAACUUGCAUGUGGCCACAAGGGCAUUAUAGCCUGUACCAUUACCGCCACCGGCAAAGCAGGACACUCUGGCUACCCCUGGUCGGGUGAAAGUGCCAAUGAGAUGCUGAUGCGAGCUUUGGUGAGAAUACUCGAUACCGACCUUGGGAGCAGCGACGAGUAUGGAAACACUACUAUCAACGUGGGUACCCUCGCUGGCGGUAUUGCAUUCAAUGUGAUUCCAGAAUUUGCCCAGUCAAAUAUCUCGGCUCGUGUAGCAAUUGGUCCGCAAGACUCGGGCCACAUUGCCGUUCGCCAUAAAAUCGAGGCAAUACUGGCAAAAGAAAAUGCAGAUCAUCUCAGUAUUAAAUGUGGGCUCGGGUACGGCGUCGUAACUUGCGACUGCAAUAUCGAAGGUUUCCAGACGACUACGGUUAAUUAUGGCACUGAUAUCCCAAAUCUAAAGGGCAACCACAGGAGAUACCUUUAUGGACCAGGUAGCAUCUUGGUCGCACACUCCGACGACGAACAACUUACUGUGGGCGACCUCGAAACUGCUGUCGAAGCAUAUCAAAAGAUCAUUUUACACGAUUUGAGUACUUGAUGUCCAAAAGACAGUUGAAAUCAGGAAGUUCUUGACUUCUGCUUCCUCAUUUUCCCAGUUCUUGUGUACAAUUUAUCCCAUGAACCCAUGUACCCAUAAACCAUGAACAUAUAUACUCCAUCAAUCCCUACGCUUAAUUCGACCCUCAUUCUCUCACCACCUUUGCCCAAGUUCCGGGCAUAACUUGACUAAAGUCAAACUUGCCAUCCUGUUUCACGACCACUCCUUGCUCUGUCACAAUCGCAUCGAUCAAGUCAUGGGGAGUGACGUCAAACGCAGGAUUCCACACAUCUAUUCGCUGGUCUGCCGUCGCGACCCUGGCAGUAUUGGAAGGAUCAACUUUCCCGUCUUGGCCAACAAGAGCACCAGAGAUCUGCGUCAACUCUUCCUUCUUCCUUUCCUCAAUCUUGAUACCCGUACCCGUGGUCGUUUCGAGGUCUAUGCUCGUCGUGGGCGCUGCCACAACAAACUUAAUGCCAUGGUGACGAGCCAGGACGGCAAGCCCGUAAGUGCCCACCUUGUUGGCAGUGUCACCGUUCCGCACUACACGGUCUGCACCGACGAUGACAGCCCCGAUGUUGAACUGUUCUUUUUUGAGCGCAAAAAGUGCUGCAGCCAUGGAGUCGGUGAUCAGUGUGCUUGGGAUGCCCUCAUACACGAGCUCAAACGCAGUCAACCUGCUGCCCUGAUUGUAAGGCCUGGUCUCAGUGCAAAACGCAUGGUGAAGCGUCUUCCUCUCCUGGAGGGAGCGAAUGAUACCCAGGGCGGUGCCAUGGCCAGAUGUCGCCAAGGAGCCGGUGUUGCAGUGUGUCAACACAGAGACUUUGUGGUCGGAGGUUACAUCCAGCUGAGACUCGAGCCAUGCCGCACCAAAUGAUCCGAUAGAUAUGUUGGUUUGGAGAUCUUUUGCCAGGAUAUUCUCAGCGGCCUGAACAUAGGCGGCAAGAAUGUUCUCAUUGGCCUUGGUAGCAGCCAAGUCUACUUGGCGGAUUGAGCUUUUAAGCAGCGUAAUUGCGUUGCUCAAGUCCACAGCUGUAGGACGGCUACCUUUUAGAUAGUCGAGUUUUGAGUCGAUGAAGGCGAUGUACUCAUUGGGGGUUUGGUUGGCUUGUAGAGGGUUUAGUAAGUGGGGUUUCGGCAAUAAAUAGGAACAUGAAACGACUUACUCGAAGAAUUCGCGAGCUGCAGCUCAACAGCAAGAGCCAAGGCGGCCACGAUAGCUAUGGCCGGGGCUCCUGUUGCAAAAGUAAGUUUAACCAAUGAACUAUGCCAAAUGGAUAAUAAUUGCAGGAUAUCGCCAAGGUCAGUAGGCUAUCUUUACCUCGAACUCUCAUCGACUUUAUGCAGUCAAACGCCUCCUCGCAUGUCGAAAUCUCGUCAUAGUGGUUUUCGUGGGGAAGUCGAAGCUGGUCAAGGACCUCAAGCUUCGGUGUUGUUCCGCCCGAGUACCGGAUUGCUUGCAAACUGGACAUGUUCACCAAGAGAAUAAUAGAGUGGCCUAUAUCCAGAUCCGAAGAAAAGAAACUCU